UGGGGGGGGGGCUUGCGGCCGGGACCGGGAGAGGGAACUGGGCGCGCCGGUGCCCCCAGAGCCAUGAGGACCCUCCUGCUGCUGUGGGUGGCCCUGGCCGGCGCAGGGGCCCAGUUGCCCUGUCCCCAUGGGGGACCCUGCCCCGUCACCCCGGCCCUGCCUGCCCGCAGUGCAAUGGGGUGCCAGGACAGCUCAUCCUGCCCUGCUGGCUGCCAGCUGCCAGAGAGUGUCCCCUGCGCGGGGGGCUACCGCUGCUGUCCCCGAGGGUCCCACUGCAGCGCUGACGGGGAGUCCUGUGUCACAGACCUGGCCCCCCGUGCUGUCCCCUGUCCUGACGGCCAGUCCGAGUGUCCCGACGAUGCCACGUGCUGUGUGACGAGCAGCGGCGCCUGGGGGUGCUGCCCCAUGCCCCAGGCCUCGUGCUGUGCUGACAAGGUGCACUGCUGUCCCCACGCCACCGUCUGUGACCUGACCCGCGGGCGCUGUGUGUCCCCUGCCGGUGACACCGACGUCCCCCUGGGCACAGCCUUCCCUGCCUGGAAGCGCCACCCCCCCGCCCCAGUGGCGCUGCGCCAGGUGCUGUGUCCCGAUGGCCGCUCAGCGUGUCCCGACGGGGCCACCUGCUGCCAGCUGUCCCCAACGCAGUACGGCUGCUGUCCCCUGCAGAACGCCGUGUGCUGCAGUGACGGGCAGCACUGCUGUCCCCAGGGCACCACCUGUGACCUGAUCCACUCCACCUGCACCUCCCUGGGGGGCUCUGCCCCUCUGGCAGCACUGCCCAGAGCUGGUGACGUCAAGUGUGACGAGGGGACGAGCUGUCCCGAUGGGAACACGUGCUGCAGGCUCAGCUCUGGGGCCUGGGGGUGCUGCCCCCUCGAGCAGGCCGUCUGCUGCCCCGACCACGUGCACUGCUGCCCCCAGGGCUACACCUGCGACCCCGAGGAGGGCAGCUGCCUGCAGGGGGGGGGCACCCGCCAGCCCUGGGUGCGCAAAACCCUGGCACUGUCCCGGGGGGGACAGGUGACAUCAGGGAAUGUCAAAUGUGAUGAGGAGACGAGCUGCCCUGAUGGAACCACGUGCUGCCGGCUGAGCCUGGGCACCUGGGGGUGCUGCCCCUUCGAACAGGCCGUCUGCUGCCCCGACCACGUGCACUGCUGCCCCCAGGGCUACACCUGCGACCCCGAGGAGGGCAGCUGCCUGCAGGGGGGGGGCACCCGCCGGCCCUGGGUGAGCAAGACCCCGGCGCUGCCCUGGGGGGGACAGGUGACAUCGGGGAACGUCAAAUGUGAUGAGAAGACGAGCUGUCCUGACGGGAGCACGUGCUGCCGGCUGAGCCUGGGCACCUGGGGGUGCUGCCCCCUCGAGCAGGCCGUUUGCUGCGGGGACCACAAGCACUGCUGCCCCCGGGGCUACACCUGCAACGUGGCCACCGAGAGCUGUGAGAAGCUGCUGGCACCCACCCCGCUGCUGCCAACCCCCUCAGCCCCCCGCCAGACCCCCUCUGGCGGGGCGGGGCAUUACCCUCCCUCACUCUGUCUCUCUCUGCAGGGUUCCUGCUGCUCCGACGGCCGCCACUGCUGCCCCGCGGGGUCCCGCUGCACCAGGGGGGGCUGGGGGUGCAGCCCCCAGCGCUGGGACCUGCUCUGAUGGCACUGGAGACACCACCACCACCCCCCAACGAGUGCCACCACCCCAAUAAACGGUUUCUAGAA